UGAAGGACGAUCUGUGAAAUUCAUGGCCAAAGUACAGUAUUCGCUUACUGGUCCAUUUUAACGUUUGGACUUGAGCAGAGAAUUUGAUGGAACUUAAUCAACCUUCGCCCUUCAACAAAAUCGUGUAGACAAGUUUCAAGCUCGUAUAGGAGCAGGGAUCUCCGAUCCCUCGAGAGAAGGGCUGCGGCCUGCGGCCUGCGGGCAGGUUUUGGCUGCCUGAACAACUCCUCCAUAUGAGAUGUCCGAAUUGCAUGCAGAGGAUCCUCGCUCAACCGGAACAAAUGUUACUGCAAUUUGAGUGAUUUCCAAGCAUUCUACGGCUAUGAUCUUUUUAGCUACUUAUCCUCCAGACUUCCAGGAUCGACUAGAAUCACGACACGUGGAACAUCACCUCCCUCCCCCCUAAUACGCACCCCCGGCGCAUCGUAUCACACGCCACCUCAUCACCACCCGGCACACCUACCUUAGGGUCGGCUCUCCCUAGUCCCCGCCACGAAGACCAAACUUUAUAUACUCCCUCUACAACCGACCAUCAAAAACCAUGUCCGUUGCUCUCUCUCCAACGCGCCUCUCUCUGGCGCCCUCUCUUCCCCAUGCGCACUUUAGCCCGCCCCUCCCUUCCAUGUCUAUCCUACGCCGCUUCAACCUCCGCCAACUAAAGCUCCACCACCACCACCGCCGCAGAUCCGCUACAGCCGUCGCCGCCGCCGUACGGCAAGACACAAUAGUCUGGACCCAAGCGCCGCUCUCCGAGAUCAAGCCUGCCGCCGAGUCCCUCUUCCACGUGAGCAUCGACGUCUCCGACGCCCCUGACCUCGCUGCGUCCCACACGUGCGCCGGGCAGUACCUCCAGCUCCGAGUCCCCGACUUCGCCAAGCCUUCCUUCCUGGCCAUCGCGUCCCCGCCCUCGUUCGUGGCGGCGCGCGGCGCGUUUGAGUUCCUGGUGAAGAGCGUGGCCGGCUCCACCGCCGAGCUGCUCUGCGGCUUGAAGAAAGGCGAUGUGGUUGAACUCAGUCAGGUUAUGGGGCGAGGGUUCGAUGUCGACCUCAUCGAACCGCCAGAGGCUUAUCCUACGGUUCUGAUUUUCGCGACCGGAUCGGGAAUCAGUCCAAUCCGGUCUCUCAUUGAGUCAGGAAUUGGUGCUUCUAAGAGAUCUGAUGUGAGGCUUUAUUAUGGGGCUAGAAACCUUAAGCGAAUGGCUUAUCAGGAGAAAUUUAAAGAUUGGGAAUCUUCUGGGGUUAAGAUUGUGCCUGUAUUAUCCCAACCAGAUGACAGUUGGAGGGGUGAAAGUGGCUAUGUACAGGCUGCUUUCACUAGAGCGAAGCAAAUUUACAGCCCUCAGUCUGCUGGUGCUGUGCUCUGUGGACAGAAACAAAUGACUGAGGAAGUCACCUCAAUUCUUGUAGCAGAUGGGGUGUCAAGUGAGAAGAUACUAAAGAACUUCUGACAAACCAGAUGGAGUUCAUAUUGUUGUAUUAUUAUUGAGCAACAGCUAGUGAUUUAUUCGGCCCCUCCGAUGAACAUUAUCUCGGCUUGGCAUCAAAAAAUAAAACCAAUCUUGGGAUUUUUGAGCAUGUGUGGGCUAUGGAGAUCCUGCUGUUCUUCCAAUAGCAAUCUAUAUUGGAGAUACACGUCCCACGCCAUGGACUUGAGCCCAUUACCUGAAGAAAGGACAACUUGAGAAUGAGAUGGUGAACAAUAGAGAUACACGUGGACCAUGCUGCAUUGCCAAUUGCAAUUACUCUAGAUUAAAUCCCAAAUUUCUCAAUUACAAAGUUUUCUUCCAAACUGGUUAAAGGAAUUUCAUCAAACCCAAUCUACUAAAUUGACGUGUUCAAAAUUCAUGUGUUCUUACAUGCA